GGGCUCCCGCCUCUCUGCCGACGACUCCGACGAGGACGGCGGGGCGAGCACACCGAUCCACCUGGACACGCUCUCCGUGCAGGACAUCAGCCCCAGCGCCGACGAGUCCUGGCCUCAGGUGGGGGACUGGCGCCCGCGGCCCGACGUGCAGCGGAAGGCGGCGCAGGCCUGCGCCUCGCGCGUGCGCGAGGGCAGCCUCGGCCUGCGGCUCCUCGCCCGGGGGCCGCUGCACGACUGCCAGCUGGUGAGCCUCGUGGAGGGCCUGCCCGCGGACGGCCUCUGGGCGCUGGCGGUCCACGUGGAGCAGCCGCGCCCCCGCGCCGACGAGCACGGGCAGCUGCGGGAGCUGGGGCCCCGAGGCGACGUCCACCGCCAGCCGCGGGGCGGGCCCCCCGAGCAGAGCCCCACCCGGGAGGGGCGCGCCGAGCGGGAGCGGGCCGCGGACGCGCUGGCCGCGCCGGCGGCGCCGAGCAAGCGGCCGUGGGCGCUGCUCGUGGUGGGCGGCCCGUAUUCUGGGAAGACCACGCUGGUGGACGGCCUGCUCGAGAGGGGCGUGGUCCCGAGGGAGGCCGCCAGGCUGAACAGGGAGGCCGCGCUCUCCCACAUGCGGGCGCGGAAGGGCGACGGGCGCCAGGACGAGGCCGCGGAGGUCUGCGAGCUCGCGGCGCUGCGGUGCGCCGGCACGGGCAGGUGCUUCGUCCUCGAGGGCCCCCUCGGGAGCGUCGACCGCGCACGGCGCCUCGUGGAGGCGCUGCACCGCGCGGCGCACGCGAGCGGGCUCACCCUCCGGGUCGGCGUGCUGGCGGCGGCCGCCGACGGCGACGUGUGCCAGGAGCGCAGCCGGCUCCGCGCGCGGUCGGGGCGUGGCGAGCCCGAGGCCGUGGCGAGCGGCGUGCGCGUGGCGGCCGAGACGGCCUCGCGGCUGGCGGGGCAGGUGGACCUUCAUGCCGAAGCAGGCACGGGAGGCACCGCCGACGACCUCACCUGCCUCAAGAUGGCGCACACCGACUUCCGGGUGACCCUGCGGCAGCCUCGGACCACGAGCCCCCCGGGCGAAGAGAAGAAGGCCGAGGCAAGAAGGGGCAGGAAGGCAGAAGAGAACGCCGCCGAGGCCGAGGACAAGCUCCGGAGGUUCUGCCUCGUCCAGCGCUGGGUGGGCCCGCAGCUGCUGGCGCAGCGCCUGCCUCAGGGCCUGCUGCACCUCGACCUCGGCUUCAAGUGCUCCCCGUGGCUCUGCGACGAGACCCUCGCGCCGCUGGCAGCCCGGCUGCCGCCAG